AUGCCUCCAUACUUAACACAAUCACUUAUUGGUAUUUCUGAAUCACCAAAUACGGACUCAUUGGGAAACAAUUGGAACAGGACAUCACUGCUGUCAGACUACAAGAACCCGUGCUGGAAGGCCCGGAACGAUACGAUCCAAUGCCUCCCGUAUUUCCAUCUCAUUGGAUCCGACAAAUGCGGAUCUACUGAUCUGUUCAACAGAAUUACUCAUCACCCGGAUGUAGAGACGUGUACAUGUACUCUUGGGAAGGAGUCCAGCUACUGGAGCUGGCGUCGCUAUGGUUUCUUUCAUAAAAGAAUGAAUGAUCGUCAUCAAACGUUUUCUGACUACAUCGACGUGUUCAGAGAGGCAUCUGUUAAAAUAAAAGCUCACACAGUCAAUGGCUAUCACUCUGAAAUUGUAGGGGACGGAACACCGAUGGACUUCUGGGAUUUCCGCGGAUGGACGAGAAUCCCUCAGAACAGAGGGCUUAAAGAACCUUUAGUUCUUACUCCACAUUUAAUGCGCCAUGUGUAUAAACAUAUGAAGUUCCUUCUAAUCUUCAGGAAUCCGAUAGACAGGUUAUAUUCGGACUACUUUUUCAUGAAUUAUGGACAUUCACCUGAAUCAUUCCACGACCAUGUUAUCCUUUCCAUCAGAAUGAUGGAGAACUGCAUCCGGGACAAUUCUUUGAGAACAUGCAUGUUCAGUUGGAAGAUGUACCAUCAACUGCCGACCCGACUCCAUAUUGGCUGUUACUCGGUGUUUCUCAAGGAAUGGCUUGCUGUCUUUCCGCGAGAGGACUUCCUCAUCUUGAAGACAGAGGACUACAAGAUAGAUGCACUGGGGACUCUCCGAGACGUCUUCAACUUUUUAUUACUACCUCCACUGAAUGAAACGGCUAUGGACAAUCUCACAGAACUGAAAAGACGACACGAAACCAAGUCUAAGAAACGUGCUCCGGCAAUGAAGAAUAUUACAAGAACAAUACUCCAUGAAUUUUACGCUGAAUAUAAUAAAGAACUCGCUUUUAUACUACAAGAUGACAGAUUCCUAUGGGAGACAUGACGGUGACAAGUGGCAUAACCUUCUCUUAUGUGUAUUAUUUAAAAAUCGUGUAAAUAAAUUUCAUUAAAAUGUUGAUAAUUUA